GCCUUCACGGGAUCGACUUCACCUCAUCCGUUCGCGCAAAGACCCUCAUACAGAAGCUGUUCACUUCCUCAUCAAAGUCUCCGCCCGUUCCAUCGUUUUUGGGCCGGAGAUUAUCUUCUCUCGCUUCUUUGAACCUCUGAGUUUGUCUCUAUGUUUUUUUCCGUCACUCAAGCCGCCCCAUUGCUACCUCUCCGCACCUGAUUUUAACCGUGGAGAAACAAGCCCCCUCGCCCGCCCCAGAACCGGGGUUUUGGAGCGAGUAUGUCGCUCGGACACCACCACGCCUGGCUGCCACCGGGACAUCUUCGGCCUCCCGAUGAUCAUCACGAUUCACGGUCAAUCAAUGGCUACUCGAAAUCAUAUUCCGUCCCCAGGACGCCCCAAAUGCGCGCCUCGGUUGAUGCCGAUGGUUCUCACGCGGGCAAUCUGAUAUCGGAGGCUGAUAUGGCGACGGAGGAAGACCCACGCAUUGCUAUAUUUCGCGACCUAUACAGAAGCAGCGAGGCGAAAAUCAACAGUCUAUUUUCCGGUCAGAAAAAUGUGGAAGACCUCAUCAGCGCCGCUGUCGCGGACGCUGAUGAGUCCGACACUAAGAAUGACCGCGCUGAUCAACCCGCACCGCCUCCGGCCCACGCUAAGAAACCCGCGAGAAAGCUAGAUGAUGAUGACUACGACGACUAUGACGACGAUGAUGAGGAGGAUGCUGGAGACGCGCCAAAACCCAAGCCUCUCACCCCUUCCCAGGAAUCUAAUGCUGCCCCUCCCUUGAGUCGCUAUACGAGCGGUACGACUUCGGUGGGAGGUGAUGUCCCGAAAGAGACGAAGAAGGAGUCAUUGGAAGAUAUCCGGAAGAAGUUGGAGGAAGAUAAGAAGGCAACGGAGGAAGCUGCGAAGAGAAGCUUUCAUACCAUAUUCUAUACAUUAGAAAAUGACCGAGAUGCCAUGCUGGAUCAGCAGCGCCUAGAAGAAUCUGAACGCCAGGUCGAGGCUGAAAUGUCAAGCCAGGCCAAUUCUGGCAAUAAUGCGACUUCAGCGUCAAACGGUUACGGCUCUUUGAGCAAUGCGAAUCUUGGCGCUUCGAGUCUGACAUUGAAGAACCUUAUUGCGAGGAUCGAUAUGAAGCGGACAAUGGUGCAAGCCUCAGAUGCGGAACUUCGAAGCUUGAUGAGCGAGGUCCGAAAGAACCGCAGUAAAUGGGCCAGCGAGGAUAAAAUUGGACAGGAAGAGCUUUACGAAGCUGCGGAGAAAGUCCUCAGCGAGCUUAAAGCGAUGACGGAGCAUUCAAGUGCAUUCUUGACUCGCGUGAAUAAACGAGAUGCUCCUGAUUAUUAUACCAUCAUCAAGCAUCCCAUGGACCUGGGAACAAUGACAAAAAAGCUGAAAGCUCUGCAAUAUAAGUCGAAGCAGGAAUUUGUUGAUGAUCUUAUCUUGAUCUGGUCCAACUGUUUCAAGUAUAACACAAAUCCGGACCACUUUCUGCGCAAGCAUGCCUUGUACAUGAAAAAGGAGACGGAGAAGCUUGUUCCUCUUAUCCCAGAGAUUGUAAUCAGAGAUCGUGCCGAAGUUGAAGCAGAGGAGCGUAGACUUCAGCUUGCGGAGAUGGACGGUGCUGAAGAGAGUGAUGACGAGCCUAUUAUGUCGUCAAGAGGCAGGAAAGCCCCUGGAAAAUCGUCGUCCAAGAAGGGUGCUGCUCCAGCUCGAAAUACUCCCAGCGGAUCCGAACCCCCUGCAGGUUCAUCCUCCCAACCGCCCGCGCCCGCACGCGCGGACUCUGAUGUUCCUGCUGACGGGGCCCAAAACGGUUUCGCGACACCACCGCCCGGGACACAGACACCUUCAGAUCCUGCCGGUGCUGCAGCCGGUGUCUCUGGAAGCAAUGGUGACUCAAUGGAGAUCGAUGGGUUAGCGCCAUCGACCAAUGCACUUAGUGCUUUAUCAGUCCCAGGCGUGGAGGCUGAGGAUCCUGAAUAUAAGGUCUGGAAGCAAGUUACAAAAAAAGAUCGGGCUCUGAUCGCCGCAGAGAGGCACCGCUUGUUCAAAGGCGACAGGCUAAACUCGGACGAACCAGCUUUAUUACGGACUAAAGCUGGUAUGAGAAGAUGGCUAAGAAAUCAAAAACAAAUCAAUGCGGAAGAUGGCAAGUUUAACGAGUCAAGUACGCAAGCCAUGGAGCCUGGCCCUGCCGGUGGAACUCUUGCCGAAGGCAUUGAGGUUGACGAGGAUAAAGUCAUUCCUGAUUAUUAUGAUGUUAUGUCAGGUGUUCCUGAUCUACCUGGACAACUAUUGUGGAGGGAAGAUUCUGAUGGCAAUAUCGUUGAUGCUUCCGAAGAGUUCUUGAGGGUUCUGUCGAAAGGUUCAUUCACUCAACCAGAUAGCAAACUCUCUCGGAAAAUGGAUGCGAACAUGCGGCAAAUGCAGGAAACUCGCAAGAUUUGCUCUAAAAUUGGCAUUGUCAAGCAGAUGCAGUUGCAGUCUCAGAUGUACCAGAACCAGUUCCAAAAAUAUCAACCGGAACCAUUUGUUGAGCAAGAUGUCCCGCCUCAUGUGAUGAAUGAUGGAGGGCCUAUUGUUUCUCCAUGGGUUUGCAAGGCAGCUUUGCAGCGCUCCGUUGCAAAAAUCUUCUAUCAUACCGGGUUUGAGGAGUAUCAGCCGUCAGCUCUCGAUGCUGUUACUGAUAUCGCCUCUGAUUUCUUUCAGAAGAUAGGAGAAACUUUCAAAUCCUAUAUUGAAGCCCCCAAAGUCCCUACUGGCGAUUCGACUGAGCUUACAUGUUCAAACAAUCAGUGGAAAAAGGCAUAUACGGAACCGGAAAUUGUGCUCCACACUUUGAACUCUGUCGGUAUUGGCGUUGAGGAUAUUGAGUCCUAUAUUAAAGAUGACGUGGAACGACUGGGAACGAAGCUUGCUACUGUUCAUGACCGCCUGAGGUCUUUGCUCUCAGAGCUUCUGCGACCUGCUCUUGCCGAUGGGGGCGAAGAUGGGUCUAAUGCAUUCGCAGAUGGAAGUGAACAGUUCGUCGGCGGUGACUUCGCUGAGGAUAUUGACGAAGAUUUCUUCGGGUUCAAGGAGCUCGGUUUGGAUAAAGAAUUCGGCUUGGCUACUCUUAGUGUACCUCUCCAUCUCCUCCAAAACAGGAUGUACAACGCCGCCCAGGCUCAAAAUACAAGUGCUACUCAGGCCGUCACUCUUUUCCCGCCCCCCCCUUCAUACCCACGCAUCACAUCAGAAACGUUGCCGUCACAAAUCGGGUUGGUCCAAGAGUUUUUCGGUACUAAGUUGCAAGCAAGCAACAAUGAGGGCUUGGUUGAAGACCUCGAAUUACCACCGAAGCAAAGGCCAAUGGCUGCCAAGCCUCGUCUUCCAGCCUCUGGCAAGAUUCCGCCACCCUCUGCCCCGUCGGGGCCGACUACCAGUCCCCAAAAGCGACCACUUCCUCAGACAGCCCCUGGUCAACAAAUAAACGCUGUUAAGCCUGGUACCUCCGAACCCAGCAAAAAGAAGGCCAAGAAGAACAGUGGCGUGGCCCUGGAAGCUCCUGGCUCGAUUGCCGACGGGGACGAAGCUACAGCGAACUUGGAUGGUACCAAGUCUUCUGAUGACCCGGCAUUGGCUGCUCUGAACUCCAGGGACUCUGCCACUACCGAGUCUAGCAACGUUAAGAACGGACUAGAUAGUUCGGUCAUGUCAGACAUUGCUGCCGUAAGGGAACGCGGUGAUUCUAACGUUGACCUGAAUAAAAGCGGCACCAGUACGGCCCUGACAAACGGAACCGCGGGUGAAGCGUCAUGAAGCGCCGCGCCGGCCCUAUCCGCUGUGUUUCUGGAGCUAUGUUUAUUCUCUUUCAAGUAUUCUACAAUCCCUUUGUCACACCC